AUGACCAGAAGAAAGGGUGAAAAGUUAUGUCAUUUCGAUAAUUUAGUACCGUACAUGGGGGCUAUUUUGCCUCAAGUGAUAGCUAUGGAAGAUAACAUAAAUAGGAUCAAAAUGAUGCUUACCGAUGCGUUUCUAGUUAAUCUCGAGAAUUAUCGAAAAGAAAAUUUGAAUGAAUUUAUUAGAAAUCAAAUGGAUGAGUUUAAAGGUCAGGCCAUACAACAAGUGCCUCGUGAGGAUGUCGAUAAAGAGAGACGACUUCUACUUAGUAGAUUUAAAAGAUGGGAUAAGAAAUUGAAAAAGGAAGAUACUAGUAAUGUAAAAGGGAAGAUUCAAAAAUCUUCUGGGCCUAAAAAACGAAGAAAUAUUCCCGAAAAUCAUAUGAGUAAAGCGAUUGUUAAACUUAGUAGGCCGUUACAGAAUUUAUUAGGAAUAAGCAAUUCUACAAGAACAGAGGUCGUGAAAUUAAUAUGGGUGUAUAUACGAGAGAACAACUUGCAGAAUCCUGAAGACAAGCGGGAGGUCAUAUGUGACGAUCCUAUGAAAGUUAUAUUUGGAGAGAAAGUCACCAUAUUUUCCAUGAACAAAUUACUGUUGCCACAUAUAAUAAAAUUCAGUGAUUCAGAACAAAAUGAUAUAACGUCUCAUGCUGAAUCUUUGGAUACUGUAAAUUCUACUUUGGACUCGUCAGACGAUGAUGUAGAUUUGGAUGAUGAAAACAAGAGAGAAAGUUAUUCCUCCGAUAGUGAGAGUAGUGGCCGUGAAUAUUUUAGUUCUGAAGAACCAAAAUCAAAUGAUCUUAACUCUUGA